AUGCAGAGCCGCGCGGGCGGCGAGGAGCGCGCGCCAGGCGCGCCCGCGGGCCCCGAGCGCCUGUUCUGCUCCGCCUGCGCGCAGCCCUUCGGCAGCCGCCAGGAGCAGGCCGAGCACUACCGCCUCGACUGGCACCGCUUCAACCUCAAGCAGCGGCUGCGGGGCCGCCGCGCGCUGCCGGCCGGCGCCUUUGAGGAGAAGACCCGCGCAGGUGAUGUUUCCAGCAUCUCGGGAUCAGAUUCGGAGAGCUCCGACUCCAGCAGCGAGUCGGAUUCAGGGCCUCCUGCCAGCGASAGCCGCGAGGCGCCCCGGCUUCCCCGCUCGCACAAGGUGCUGUUCAGGAACGCGAGGGGACAGCUCAUCUCGGCCUACCGCUGCGUGCUGGCCUCUGGAAAGGGUGGCAGUGAGGAGCCAGUGGAGCUGGUGGCAUCGCUGCAGGGCCUCAGCGCGAGCGCCUGCUGGGUGGUGCUGAUGAUGGGCGGCGGGCACUUUGCAGGAGCUGUCUUCCAGGGCCCUCAGGUGCAGGAGCACAAGACCUUCCACCGCUACACGGUGCGAGCCCGGCGGGGCACCUCGCAGGGGCUGCGCGAUGCCCAGACGCCGGCCGCGGCGCCCAGGUCGGCCGGGGCCUCGCUGCGGCGCUACAACGAGGCCRCGCUGCUCAAGGAUAUCCAGGACCUGCUGGCAGGCUGGGCGCACCACUUGGAGGCAGCCCAGCGCAUCUUCCUGCGYGCCCCCCGCCACAACCGGGCGCUGCUCUUUGGGGGCAGAAACCCCCUCCUUGCGCAGGGAGACCCCCGCGUGCAGCACAUCCCGCUCAGCACCCGCAGGGCCACGCUGCGGGAGGUGCUGCGGGUGCACGCCGAGCUGGCCAGCCUGCACGUGUACGGGAAGGACACGCCGCUGGAAGAUAUCACUGGGAGCCCCUGUAAGGGCUGGCUAAAGGGACGGCGAGCGGCAGAGACGGAUCCGCCGCGGGAGGACGUGAAUGCCCCUGGCCUGUCACCCCCUGCAGCGCCGGAGGAGGAAGAGGAGGACAGCCUGGCAGGGCAGCUGGAGGCYGUGGAGGUUACACUAGGGACCUUGGACCUUCGGGAGUUUGAAGUGAUGCCCAAGCGAAACCGCAAGAGGAGGAGGAGGAAGGAUAAGAAGGUGGAGACAGGGUCCUGUGCUGAGGAGACAGACGACCUGGAGCUGGCAACGGAGCCRCAAGAGGCUGAGCCCCUCUCCUGGGCCAGUGAAGGAGACCCCCAGGCCGAGCUCCGUGACGCCCUGUUCACAGCCUGCAAGACGGGGGACGUAGGGACCCUGCGGCACCUCCUGGCGGUGCCGGAGAGCGGGAGCCCAGCGGGGCACGGCGAGGGCGGGCAGGAGGCUGCUGCCCGCUCCCUGCUCAACCAGCCUGUGGACGAGCGCGGCUGCACCCUGCUGCACGUGGCAGCACGUGCUGGCAAGGCCCAGGCCGUGUGCCUGCUGCUGGAGGCAGGGGCUGACCCUGCGCUCAGAGACGGGCAGGAGCAGCCACCCUACUGCGUCUCCGCUGACAAAGCGACCCGCAACGCCUUCCGCAAGUUCGUGGUGGAGCAUCCGGACAAGUACGACUACAGCCGUGCCAAGGUGCCCGGGCCCCUGACGGCAGAGAUGGAAGCCAAGAAGCUGGAGAAGAAGCGGGCGCAGAAAGCGCAGCGGAAGCAGCGGGAGCAGGCGCAGCGGGAGGAGCGGCAGCGCCGGGAGCAGGAGCAGGCCGAGAAGCAGCGCUUUGCUGCCCUCUCGGACAGGGAGAAGAGGGCCCUGGCUGCCGAGCGGAGGCUGGCUGCGCAGCUGCAGGACACCGGUGACACCCUCGCCAGCGUCAGCCGCUGCUGGCUCUGUGGUGAGUCCCUGCUGGGCCGCAUCCCUUUCCACUACCUCRACUUCUCCUUCUGCUCCACCGCCUGCCUGCAAAGCCACCGCCGUGCCCGGGCCAGCCACACGUAGGGCUGGGGGCUGCCACCGAGGACCCGCCUCAGGGAGACGGAGCUGAGCGCUGGCUGCGGGGCAGGGGCUGCUGUGUGGAGGGGCUGGGCUGCAUCAAGGCUCUGUGCAGCCCCGGCGCUCACGGGGCUCCAGGAGGGCUCGUGGUCAGUGGAGCUGGGAUCCCCUUGGUGCUGAGUGCCCAGGGCUGCUCCGUGUCCCAGGCUCCUUCCGGAGSGGGCAUGCUGCUGGCUGCUCUUCUCCCUGCUACCGUGCACACUGCUGCCUCUGGGCCCCUUGGACCUAGGCUUGUUCCUCCCAUGGGUGCUGGUGGCAGGUCCACCAUGCUGUGUUGGCA